CUCUUUCUCUCUCUAUCCACGAACAGAAGAAUCAUGAAGUAGAGCUAGGGAGAGCUCAGACCAUUUGCUAUGGCGCCCGAAAACGAUUUUCAAGGACUUCAAUUAUCAGCAGUUAUGGAUACUAGACAGAAGGUUGAUGGUUUGAAGGUGUUUGAGAUCGGAAAGGACAUGGACAAUGCGGCAAACGUACGUGGGAAAAGGGACCAGGAGUGUUUGAAACCAAAACCCAAGUGUAAUAUACGCAAGAGUUUGGCUUGGGAUAGUGCCUUUUUCACGAGUCCAGGAGUUUUGGAUCCAGAAGAGUUGUUCCAAACUCUUAACUUAAGAGAUGUAGGAAUUUCACUCGGCUCACCUGGAAAUGGGGAACAAAAUAUUGUGCCUUCUGAGUCCCUGAAAACAGAAAGGACAAGCGGAUUUGGCAAAUGUGAUCCACGCCAAAGUUUAGCUUGGGAUAGUGCCUUUUUCACUAGUGCAGGAGUUCUGGAACCUGAGGAGUUGUCGAUGAUAAAUAAAGGAUUUAAGAAGUUUGAAUCACGUACACCUGAUGGGAUUGAAGAACUUUGGAGGUCGGUUGAAUCAAACUCUACAGUAGACAGUACUGGUGGUUCCCCUUUAACAAGCCUUGAGAUUGAUCUGUUUGAAGAUAUAAGAGGAUCUGCACAUAGAUCAACUCAAGUAUCCAACAUAACAGCUUCUACUUCCAACUUGCAAAGAGGAAGACACAUGAAAAAUGUCUGCUCGUCACAAAAAGUGGAUGCUUCCUCUCAAGUUCGGAUGAAACCCAUGCCAACUUCCAGAGGGAAAAGCAUCACCAGAAAUGGAUUAGAGAGGGUCAUUAGUGAGGCUUCUGUUCCCCCACAAGCUCAUCAUGGUGCUGGAACUGGAGAACUCAAUCCAAAGCAUGCUGCUAGAAGUGGAGAACUGCAUCUUCCAUCAUCUCUAAAGCCCCCAAAGAUAUCAAAGCGGGCUAACCGAAUUUCAACAGCUCCAACCAAAAGGGCUUCUUGGGGUACAAACCAUGCCAAACUGGAAACUCAUAAUUUGGAAGCCACAUCUGGAAACUGUUUGAGUGGGUCAAAAAAACCUUGCCUGGGUGUCUCAUCAAGUAGAAUCCGUAAUUCUAUUCCAUCUCCACAAUCAUCUUUGUUGAGUUCACCCACUGCCACAAAUGAAUCCACAAUUUCUUCUUCCUCCUCAUACAGCAGGUUAUGUGGUUCUGCAGCUGAUACCUCUGGUAAAUCUCCUUUUAGCUCUUCGAGAGCAACUGCUACCAGGCAUGCCAAUUUGGUUGCCACUGGCUCAACCUUUAGAACUCCUCCAAAAUAUACAACUAAAAAAUAUGAGCUGGGAGAUUCUAACCCUACUUGUUUGUUAUCCAUGUCAAAGUCUUCCUCGAGUACACCACCUGCUAGCUCCAUUGAUGGAUGCUCCUUGGAAUCAUUGUCAACUUCUUUGAAUCAAGAAUCAAAUAACACGAAGGCAAGUUUUUAUACUACAAUGGAUACCCAUCAACAGGAUGAACCCUGUUUUGGAUUUGAAAGCCAGGAAACAAGUUCCCCAAUUCAGUACGUCAACAAAAUUUUAGCAGAAAGUAGCUCUGUUCCUUCAGACGUUUCAAGAACUAUUAAACCUUCAAGUCUUAGAAGACCAUCACCAAAGAUUGGAUUUUUUGAUGCGGAAAAUCCUACGAUGCCAAUGACAAAUCGAGGUCCACAGAUUCAUUCAGGUGUAGGAAGUGCUCUGUCUGAAAGUGGCACCGGUGUUGGAGCUGUGAACAGAACAGAAUAUGGCAAGCAUCAACCUCCAAGAACAUUAAAGAGGACUAAGAAUAUGAAGAUUGGUACUCAGCAAACAAGAGUGUCAAGUCCUGCUUUACUCAUCAGGCCUUCAUCUCCAGUGCUGUUUGAGGAAGCAGAAAAUGAUUUUCUAGAAGUAUCUGUCUUUCCAGGGCCCGUGAAAGAUUGUUUUGCCACAACGUCCAGAGCUCAGAAUAAUUUGCACCACAGAAUGAAAAGCAAAGAUUGCUUGACAACUAAGAGAUUGGGUGAUGAGAGAGAUGAUGCGGCAAAACUUGGUCUCGGAUCUACUUCAAAGGCAGAAGACAAAGGAAAUAUGAGCAAAAUGGGCAGAGAGUGUGACGAUCAAUGCUACCUAAAGGCCAAGAAGCAUGCUUCAAGAAAGCAUGAAAGUUGCAGCAUACCUCAUGAAGACGACAAGGAAAAUUUAUAUGGUGUCGAAAAACAAGUUGAAAGUUUAAGUAGAAAUAUUGGAGCUCUUGAUCUCAGCAGUGAUGUGAUGAUGGAGGUUAGAGAGAAAAGGGGCCGCUAUAUUACUACUGAGCACCAAUAACUCUCAUUGCUCAAAGCUAUGCAUCAGCAUGGGGUCCGUCUUCAUGGAUGAUAAUAAUAUAAGGAUUGUUCUGACGAUUAUGUUGAAGCGUAGUUCCUUCUAGCUUCCCUCUGUUCCUCAGAUUGUGCACAGCACAAGUUCUCGUUGGCUGUUAAAGACUCUCCAUUUUCCAUUGAAGUGUAUUAUCUGGGUUGCCAACAGAAUCAACAAUGGAAGAGAUGGCAGAGGAGGCAUCAAUUUUCCCCUUUGCAGGAGAGCUCAUAUUUUUUACAACAGUACUACUGAGGCAUAGCCAUUUUGAGUUCUCAGAGAUGUUUGCUGUCCCCGAAUUUAGAAAUAAGCGAUCUCCCUGAAUUUCAUUGUGCUGUUCUUAUGGUCUAGGGACUAGGGACUCAUCUUUAUACAAUAAUCAUGCUUG